AUGUCCAGCAAGUCAUGGACCUUGCCACGUCUCUCGGAGUCUGGCCCAUCCGCCUACACACUUCUGAAUUCCGUGCGGUUCACCUACGCUCUAUGCGCCUUCACCAGCUCCUGCCUUCAUUCUAACAUGCGGGGCAUCCUGGGCAUUAUCCUACUACAGAUGGUAAUGCCUCGUUCGGAGGAUCGUGUUGAGAAUGUUUUCGAGGUGGAGAGCAAUGCCACCAAAAUAGCUAGAUGCAACGGGUCUAGUCCGCAGCAGGAUGUAAGUUCUCUGCUUAAAAUAAGCAUGUUGGGGGAUCUUAAGUUGAGUCGCAAACAGGAGCUGAUUUUCCUCGGCAUUUACUAUUACGGCUAUGUGGUUUCGGUGUUUUUCUCCGGCCGUUUAGCCGAUCGGUACAGCCGAAAGAAUAUAUUCCUACUCUCGCACAUUUUGGAGGCGUCCAGCAAUGUACAAGCUUUUCGUCAUCUGGGCCCAUCCAACGGAGAGAACAGCUCUGGUAUCUUUUGCAUGCUCCGGGGAGCUAGUGGGCUCCAUUCUGGCAUAUCCUAUGUCGGGUUCCUAAGCGACUUGAGCUGGGAGUUGCCUUUCUAUCUGUUGGGUGCGAUAUCACUGCUCUUCGGCUUCUGCUCCUUUUGGCUCAUUUACGAUACCCCAGAACAGCAUCCGCGAAUCUCGCAGCAUGAACUUAAGUAUCUGCAACAAGGAUACCUGAUUAGCAGCCAGAAGGUUGCAGCUGUGCCCUGGAGGAUCCUGUUUCGUUCCAGGCCUGUGUACGCCUUUUUGUUUACCCACCUGUUCCACUGCUACACCUUUCUGAAUCUCUCCACCUUGCUGCCCCACUUCCUGCUCGAGGCGAUGCAGUUAAAUCGGCGCCAGGUGAUCCUCACUGUGACGGUUGCGUUCCUAGGAGCUCUUGCCUCCAAGUUGGUCUGCAUCCUAGGCGCCAGCUACGUAGAACGGCGUGUCGGACCCAACCAGGACUGGAUUCGUCGGGUCCUGUAUGUGAUGUGCAGUACACUUAGCAUCAGCUUCCUUUUUGUCAUCAUCAUGGCGGACUGUGGGGACACGAUACUGGUCAUUGCCAUGUUCGUGCUUUUGAGAGCCUCAACUGACCUGGGAUUUAACUGCUAUUGGCCGACUCUGCUGUACAUGGCGCCCUCCUUUGUGGGCAUGAUCUCCGGCUUCGCCAACGCAUUGGCACACCUGUCUGGGUUCCUAGCACCGCUCCUUGUCGCUUCCCUUGUGGAAACGGGCAGCAAGACCGAGUGGAAUGUCGGUCUUAUGACUCUCAUCUUCGUCAAUGCAUUGGCUCUGCUGGUUUUUGGACUCUUUAGCAGCACCAUCCUUCAGACCUGGGAUCCUUGCAGUUUAAUGAAUCCAAGUUGUUCUGUUGAAACCAAAUAA